CCCUGAGCGUUCGCGAACGCCGUGAAGCCACAAUGAGCGGAGGGCGCCCUCUGAGCACGUGCAGAGCGCCGAACGGUCCGGAGCCUCCCCUGCCCGGCGCUCGGGGUGCCUCCAGCCAAUGGCAGCCGGCCAGACAGCCCCAGCCUCCCUCUGUCUCCCGCGCCCGGGCAGCCAGCGCCCCCUCGCCAAGCGAAGAGCCGGAGCGCGGCCGAGCGGCUCUUCGGAAAAGCCCACAGCUGAUUCCCAAAGAGAGAAGACUUCUCGACCGCCGCAGCCAUGCCCUCCAAUAAGGACGUCUCUGGCUGCCUUGGCUCACCGCCAGGUUUGAUCUGCUUGCCACCCAUUUCCGAGCACCUCCAGCUGGUGUGGACCCAGGCGGCCCAGACAAGUGACCUGGACAGUAACCAGCACCUGCUGCAGACUUUCAGCUAUUUCCCGUAUCCCAGCCUUUCCGACCUUGCUUUGCUCUGCCUGCGUCACGGCCUGCACAUGGAGAAGGUGAAGGCUUGGUUCAUGGCGCAGCGGCUGCGCUGCGGCAUCAGCUGGAGUGCCGAGGAAAUCGAAGAGACUCGGGCUCGCCUCAUCUAUCACCAGGACCAACUCCACUUUAGUUGCCUGCUUGCUGGCAACCAGGGCGACUCCUGGCACCAGACUUGUAAAAGCCCUUCUUCGUACCACCAUCACCAGCUGGCUCCCCACGCCCUGCACUAUUCCGGUAAAUAUCCAGAGAACCAGCAACCUCUUGUAACCUCCUUAAAUCAUUGUAGUAUGGCUCCAGGGACAAAAGAAAUGGGGACGAUCGCUCAGGACAUUUGGAAAUUGCAGGAAAACACCCCGCCGUCCCACUAUAAGAAACCUCAGGAACAUUUUGAACCUUCAGGGAUCAUGGUGAAUUUUCAAAAUACCAAAGAGACCAUUUCCGGUGCUUAUCCCCCCAUCACAACCCUCGGCCUGGAUUAUAACCUCCCGGAUUCUCAUACGAUGGCCUGGAGCUUCCCCACGGUGUCCCAACCGCCCCCCGAGUCCAUCACGCCUGCUGUCAACGGCGGGAGCCACCCCACGAUUCUUCCAUUGGGUUCUUCGGUGAAAGCCGCCCAGCCGUCCUCGAAAAUUACAACCAGUGUCACGGACCGUCAAAACCAUCAGCAUUCAGUCAGCGACCAGCAGACUUCUUUGCCAGAGGUUUUACGGAAGCCUAAGCGGAAGACGAAGGAGCAACUGGAUUUGUUAAAGGCCUUCUUCCUUCACCGGCAGUGGGCCAGGAGAGAGGAUUAUCACCAGCUGGAGCAGGUAACCGGGUUACCCCGGGCAGAGAUCAUCCAGUGGUUUGGAGACACGCGUUACGCCCUGAAGCACGGUCAGCUGAGAUGGUUCCGGGACAAUGCAGGGCACAGUCCAGAGCCUGCUUCCUCAGGUGGACCUCCUCCUCUUCCUCCUCCUCCUCCUCCUCCUCCUCCCCAGCCAUGCACAAAUCCUCCAGACACAGGCCCCCUGGAACAGUACUGGGACACCCACACACAGCUGCAGGAGAAUGACUUGCCGAUGCUCUGCCGCAAAUCAGGAAUGAGCCCGGAGCAAGCGUUGGAGUGGUUUCGCUCGUACUUGCCUGCGCCGUGCGAGGUGGAGGUGUGUUUGGGGGACGACGACGAGGAGGUAGACGAAGAGAUGGCGGCCGCGAUGCUAAAGGCGGAAGAUGAAGACUACGAAGAAGAGGAGGAUGUGGAAGAGGAGGAGGAUGAAGACUGAAGGACUUUUGUGUGGGUGCUGGAGGUUUUGGGACUUCUCUGAUGAGCAGGCGGAAGGAUCAGUGAGACAGAGUAGUAAAUCCUGGGAGCCAGGUUUCUCUCCUGACCGUUUCCUGCUGAUAGCGAUGACUACUGCUAGAAUGUUUUUUUUUCCUUUGAGCCACUGAAUUUAAAAACAAAACUAUACAGUGUUUAUCAAGGGAGAAUCACAAUGGUAUAUAAAGAGGGGGUUUCCAACCCUUCAGAUGUGAGUGGCCAUGAUAUAUGAAUGCCUUCAGCAAUCUGCAGGGUCUCAAAAUGAUUUUUCUGAAAAACUUCAGUCGGUUAAUUGCAUUGUUUUGGUUUCAUAUUGCUUCCUCUAGAUGUUUUCCUUAAUAAUUAUACAAAUAAUUGUUGUUUAGAUCCCUAACCCUGAAGCCCAACAAUUGCCUAAUUUUGUUAUCUUUUUUAAAGUAUACAGAUGUUUGGAAUACAGAUAUUUUUCAUUUACGCUUGGAUUUAUCUGUCUUGAUUCUGUUUCUUCCAAUUCAUUUAUUUUUUUUAUUUGAGUUUAGAAACUGGACUGUUGAGUUACCAGAAUUGCAGAGAUUUGGCAAGCCCACUCUUUCCAAAUUCCAUGAAAGCCAUACAUAAGAUUUAAUUGGUCUAAUCUCACAGGCCAACUAUAUUUUCCUGAGUAAAUGAACAGUUAUAUGCUU